UCGACAACGCAAGCCCGUCUCCUCGCUGCGAUUGGGAAAAAGUCGAGAUGCUCAUCCCACUUCCCUUCCCGGCCCAUCGCGACAGUCUGCAUUUUGUGUCCGCGCCGCGGAUGCCACGAUAAGAGACGGAAGAGGCGAACAGAGCAUCAUCGAUACUAUCCCCAAUGCCCCUCAUGCCGGCCCGGCCCGCCGCGCGGCUCGCUCGCCAGGGCGUGCGCGCAUGCAGGAGCCGGUGCGAACCCCCUUCGCGCCGUCCCGCCGCCCUCUUCUUCUCGACAUCCGCCGCCCGCCGCUCUGAGGAGAACUUCUCGACGUCCGCUACUCCUCACUCUAGGGAAAAUUUCUCGACAUCUACUACCCACCAUCUCGAGGCAGACUUUUCGACGUCUGCCGCCCAUCACUCCGAGGCAGACUUCUCGACCUCCGCUGCCCACCAUUCCGAGGAAAACUUCUCAACGUCCGCUCCCCGCCGCUUCGAGGCAUACCGGGAGGUCCGAUCGCGGCCGCGAUGGUCCUACACGCCCGAACGCAUGAAGGCUCCCUUCUCGCCGCACAUCACCCAUGACCCUACCCGCUCCAUCUGGAGGGUCAACGAAGACCCCAAGAAGCUGGACGCCGCGCUGAAUUCCUUCCUGGGCCGCAGCGGAGAGCGGAUGCUGUCCGAAGAUCUCAAGUGGCUGGCCGUCACCCACAAGAGCUUCGACCAGGGGAGGAGAGGUUUCAACGACCGUCUGGCGUUCCUAGGCCGCCAAAUAUGCAUCCUCGAAUGCACGCAGUCCAUCAUAACGUCCCCGCCCAGAAUUCAAGCCACGCCAGGGGAUCCCUUUGCCGGCAGGCGAGAGCCGUACGACGACCCAGCGCUUCGCAGCAUCGACAGCCUAGCCGCCUUCCAGCCGAACGACGUGUUAAACUACAACACGCUGACGCGGAUCGCGAUGGAGACUGGCCUGACAGAGGUUGUGCGGUGGAAGCCGAGAAUGCCGGAAAACCUCGACGGCUCCGGGUACGACGUCAUCAUGGCCGGCGCCAUCUACGGCAUCAUCGGCGCCAUCUCCCUGCACAAGGGGGGCAAGUAUGCCAGCUGGAUCGUGAGGGAGAAGCUGCUCAAGAGGGUCCAGCCGGCGUGGUAGGCGACCAACGGAUGUAUCGUCCCGUUUUCUGUACCAAAAAAAUACCCCAGAUAGUGUACGAAUUGCAACCCAGUCGCCCGCCCGCCCGCCGCUGCCAUCGCUCCAAGAGGAGCACGUGGAGCCCCCUAUCUACUCGCGGCUCGUGCAAUACAGGAUAAAAUUCCUGACCAGCGAGUUGGGACUGCUGCCGAUUCGCCCGGCUUCCCAAGGUAAUACAAGCGACUUGAUGCCGCCAUUAUAUAGCCAUACUUUCCGUGAUAAACCCGAUUCGCGUGGGCCAACUGAAGAAACGCGGGCGGGAAGCGGGGACGGG